ACGGGAGGGUUGCCCGUCGACUUGCCUGUUGAAAUCAGUAACAUAGCCUAUCUCGUUGACAUGUCUUCAGUUUUUCCGAUAUAUUUAUGAACGGCAGCACUUUUCACCCGGCUUUAAAGUUCAGCUAUUACAAGGUGAAACGUACAGUGUGAUUCAACUCCGUGUUUUCAUUAUGGCAGCGGGAUGCCUCAGUUGUAGUAGGCUACAUCCUUACACCCACCCCUCUCCUCAGAGUAUUUUUGUUUCUUAAAUUGGUUGUCGAAUUCUUUUCAUAGUGUUUAUUUUAAAACGGGCGAAUUUACUCCAAGGUUGUCAACGAAAGUUGUACGAAGACUGUAGAUUAUGAGUGGGAUUUAGGUGUGUGGACAGCGUCGAGUGCAGAAUUUUAAGCGAAGCCCUGGCGGCGCAACAGGACAGAGGCUCUGCAUGAUUCUUGGACUUAUAAAGGAACCCAGUAUUUUUGGUUGCUUUUGGUUUGACAAACACCGCCACCAUUCCGUGCUGCAAAGGUGACCCCAAAAUGUCUUCAAAUGGAGACUUGCAAGAUGUUGGGAGCUUUGAAAGCUUCUGGGAGCCUGGGAACUACAAGAGGACAGUGAAGCGCAUUGAUGAUGGCCAGAGACUAUGCAAUGAGCUCAUUAGCUGUUUCCAGGAGAGGGCCAAGAUUGAGAAAGGCUACUCGCAACAGCUAAGUGACUGGGCCAAGAAGUGGCGUGUUGUCAUAGAGAAAGGUCCUCAGUAUGGCACACUGGAGAAAGCAUGGCAUGCCUUUAUGAAUGCAGCCGACCAUCUGAGUGAGAUCCAUAUGGAGCUGCGAGAGCGCCUAGUGAUGGAGGACAGUGAGAAAGUCCGCAACUGGCAAAAAGAUGCCUUCCACAAGCAGAUGAUUGGUGGCCUCCGAGAGACAAAAGAAGCUGAUGAUGGCUUCCGCAAGGCCCAGAAGCCCUGGGUGCGCAAGCUAAAGGACGUGGAUUCCUCAAAGAAGAGCUAUCACCAAGCACGCAAGGAGGAGCGGACAGCCAUGACAAGGGAAACCCAUGCCAAAGCAGACCCCACAAAAUCACAGGAAGAGGUCCGCAAAUUUACAGAUCGUGUGGAGAAGUGCACUCAGGAAGUUGAGAAGGCAAAGGACCGCUAUGAAAAGGCGCUGGAUGAGUUGAACCGCGCUAAUCCACGCUAUAUGGAAGACAUGGAAGGUGUAUUUGAAACCACUCAAGAUGCAGAGAAAAAUAGGCUAUGCUUUUUCAAAGAGGUCAUGUUGGACAUCCACAAGCACCUGGAUCUCUCCAAUUAUGACAGGUUCAAGGCCUUGUACUCUGAUCUGAGCCACAGCAUAGCUGCAGCCAAUGAUACAGAGGACUUGCGAUGGUGGAGGAACACACAUGGUCCAGGCAUGAGCAUGAAUUGGCCUCAGUUUGAGGAGUGGUCCCCCGAGGCUACACAUUCCAUUGGCAAGAAGGACAGGAACAGCAGGGUGAAUGAUGAGGUCACCCUGACCAACAUCGUACCUGCUGGAGAUGAGACACCACAGGAGACCAGAGCUGUGAAAGACUAUUCCUCUGAGUGGUCUGAUGAGGAAAGCCCCAAGAAGUUUAUUGCAACAAAUGGAGUGGAAGAGGAGGAAGAUAAAGUGGUGGCCGUGCGUGUGAGAGCACUGUAUGAUUACACAGGGCAAGAGGCUGAUGAACUGAGCUUUAAAUCAGGUGAACAGUUGUUGAAACUUGGGGAAGAGGAUGAGCAGGGCUGGUGCAAAGGGCAGCUUGACAAUGGUGAAGUGGGUCUCUACCCUGCUAACUACGUUCAAAAAAUUACAUCCUGACGACAGUAAAACCGUCAUGCCAACACUGUCACCAUUGCUGUCAGUGGCACUGCGGGCAAGGUUUAGGUAAUUGCAAGGUGCAUUGUCCAGGAUUUUAGUCCAUCUCACCUAUGCCAAUUCUUGCCAAUUUUCAUUGAGUAGAAGACAGAAAUGUUCAGUUAUGUACACACGUUUUGCAUUUUUAGAGCUUGAAGCAUAGUGUCGAAUAGCUGUGAAGAAUAUAACUAGCAGGUCUAACUUAUCUUGAAAAAUUACAAAUGCAGUGCCUUUUUCAGUAAGGUUCAAGGUUCAUUACCAGACAUUUAUCAUACGUGCAGAACAAGGAGCUGAAGGGAAGCAGGGACCUUUUGUUCUUGUUGACAUCAACCUACACCUCUGAUAACAAAAUUAUUAGGUGAUGAGUGAAGAUAUGUGGAAUCUGCACACAACAUACAGCUGGGGAAUUUAGAUUACAUGCUACUGGUGUUUCAGUACUGCUACUGCAACCUACAUUUUUUUAAUUAAUUUCACUUGACAUGCUUCUGGCUUCUUUUUCUUUUUCCAGUUUCUUCUCUUCAGUCUUGGUUAAGUGUAUAUCAGUGUGUGUUCAUCAAUAUGCAGUUGCAUAGUUAAAUGUGUACAAGAUGUUUUCUUCAAAUUCCAGCCAGAUGUGUCCAAGGUAUUUUCUGCCCUCUUUUUAUGAAUUAAAUUCAUAUAUGCAUAAAUAUGGCGAUUAAGUGCUUAUGUAUAGUAGGGGUAUUUAGUUUAAUUUGUCACUUUUUUUAACAAAAAGACUUUGGAUUUCAAUAUCAGUUUAAUUAGUGGUUAAAGGGUAUGUGAAGAUAAGAACAAAUAGUAUUCUUUUUCCCUUGUCUUCAGAACUAUUCCUCUCGUCUCCCUCACUGUAAAAUACAGGAAGCUACUGUAACAAGCUAAUGUGUAUAAUUCUAAAUAAACUUUUGAAAUUGUG